GGUGGGCUCGAUGGCUGAGUCAGGACCCUGUGAUGAUUCUUCCUCCCCUGGCUAUUGUAAACACUCGCUCCACUGGACCCUGGCAGAGCUGUUAAGCCGGCAACUGGGUACCAAACAGCUCUCUGUCACAUGAGAGGCCUGGCUGGAGUCACAGUGGCCCAGGAUACUAUUCUUAGCUGCAGGAAUGUAUACAGUGGCCUCAUGGCGAGCUCCACAGCGCCUAACUGGAGAGCCUCGCUGUUUCUCGUUGUCAUGCUCCUUUUCUCUCCCUGACUACACCACCCACUUUCUCUCUGGAUAAUGUUUUGAUUCUCUUUCGAUUGGAACUGAUAUUUCUUCUGAGCAGACAUUUUGGAUAUUAUUGAAUUUCUGAGGGCAGGAGAAUGGCCUGUAAACCAAGAGAAGUUUUCUCUUUCAAAGACUCAGAAUUUCCCUCCCACCUACUUUCCCAGCUCAACAUCCUCCGGCAGGAGCGUAUCCUGACAGACGUCCUGCUCUGCACAGAGCACCAGGAGAUCCCCUGCCACAGGAACGUCCUGGUGUCCAGCAGCCCGUACUUCCGUGCCAUGUUCUGCAGCAACUUUCUGGAGAGCAAUCAAGCCCGAGUGAAUCUAAAGGGAAUCUCUUCAAAUGUACUCAGCGGCAUUGUGGAUUAUGUCUACACAGGCUGCAUCGCUAUCACCAUGGAGAUUGUGCUCCCACUUAUGCAGGCAGCAUCCAUGCUUCAUUAUGGAGGUCUCUUUGAGGCCUGUUCCAUGUUCCUCCAGGGGCAGCUGAGCCCAGAAAACUGUCUGAGCAUGAUACGUCUCUCUGAGAUCCUUCACUGUGAGAGCUUGAGGGACAGGGCAAAGGAGAUGGCUGUGAGGUGUUUCUCUGAUGUAGCUGCUACAGAGGACUUCUGCGAGUUGUCUCUUCCAGAGCUCAUGUGUUACCUAGAAGACGACCGACUUUGUGCUGAGGAGGAGCAAGUGUUUGAGACCCUCCUGGCAUGGAUCCACCAUGACCCCUUCUCACGACGCGGCGCAAUCCACGAUCUUUUCAAGAAAGUCCGUCUUCGCUACAUCCAUCCAACUUACCUAUUCCAGUUUAUUGCCAAUGACCCCUUGGUGCAGUCUUCGACCCUCUGUACUGAGAUAAUCGAGUCAGUGAGGCGCCUCAUGCUAACAGUCAGCACCAAGUGUAGCCGAGAGCUCAAGCCAUUGUGGACCACACCACGUCGUUACACCUGCAGAGAAACACUGGUGGUGGUUGGAGGACGCAAAAACAAUGAACAGACCUCAAGAGAAGCUCUGCUAUACGAUGAGAGGACUCACCGUUGGCAGUGGUUGGCUAAACUCCCUUUGCGCCUCUACAAAGCUGCAUAUGUGUGUAUUCAUAGCAUCCUCUAUGUGCUUGGAGGGCUCAGCCUUUGCAUGACAUCAGGUGACAGCUCAGUCAGCGCGACAGUUUACACACUCUCCCUUAAGACCAACCAGUGGCGCACUGCUGAGCCCAUGUUGGAGCCCCGAUACGCCCACCAAAGUGUGUCCUAUCUGCACUUUAUUUUCGUGUUAGGAGGCAUUGGGGUAGAUAAGAAAAUCUCUCGGUCAGUAGAGAGAUAUAACAGUAUGUUUAAUCAGUGGGAGGCCAUGGCACCAAUGCCGACAGCGGUGCUGCAUCCAGCUGUGGCAGCCAGUGAUCAGAGGAUCUAUGUUUUUGGAGGGGAAGAUGCCAUGCAGAACCCAGUCAGGCUGAUUCAGGUGUAUCACAUCUCUCGCAACUUGUGGUCAAGGCUAGAGACAAGGACAGUGAAAAACGUUUGUGCUCCUGCUGCUGUCAUUGAAGACAAGAUCUACAUCAUAGGAGGAUACACCAGACGAAUGAUCGCCUAUGACACCAAAGCCAACAAAUUUGUCAAGUGUGAGAACCUAAAGGAGCGUCGGAUGCAUCACAGCGCUACAGUGAUUAACAACAAGCUCUAUGUCACCGGUGGACGCAUUCUCAACGGCCACGAUGUCAUCGAGGACUCAGACUGCUUCGAGUGUUAUGACCCAAAGACAGACGUUUGGACCUCGAAAGGGUCUUUGCCAUACAAGCUAUUCGACCAUGGCUCCCUGCCACUGGUCUGUGUCUCCAACAGACCUAACCCACCAUGACCUGCCAUUCAACUAGCCACUUGGGCCAUUGCUUUGCUAUGUGUUCAUCAUCUCCACUUUGCCAUGAUUUAUUGGCCUCUAACUACACAAAUGGGAAACCAUUUUAAACUGACUGCAUUCCUUCACGCAGCUCAGUCUCGGCCACAACUUAGCGGCAUGUUAGGCCACGCUGACUUUCAUUUGAAUCGAGGGAGAGCUCAGCUGACGAGAAGAGGUGUCAUGUCUGAGGCACCUGGGGUGGAAUUGAACUAAGAACCUAAGAGAUGACGAGAGGUAGAACGUGCUUACACAACAAGCAGCUGUUCAGACGCAUAUGUAAGCUCUUUCCAAAGAUGACUGCACUUGUUUGAUGGUAACUAAAAGUGUUAAUGCUUUAAUUUCUCUGACACUUUUGCGCAGCAUAUCACUGCCUGGCAGCUGUAGUUGAUUUUCCUCUAACAAUGAAAUACAUAGGGAAUUACAUGUCUAGCUGCUUGUUAAAUCUUCUUGUCCUGUAGAACUGAAAAUGACAGAACAGACAGCUAAUAAAUUUGCACUUUAUAGAAAAUACAUUCCUCCUUGACCCAAGGUGUUUCUACCGGAGGGCACUUGCUGAUGAGAACAAUUGUGACAGAAUGUGGACAAACUCCCCCUGCUAAGUACAGUAAUCUAUCAAGUGUUGAUGAGAAGCACAAUUUUACUUAAAUUAAAUUAUCUGGGCCAACUUUAUUCCAGUUUAGUUGGCUUGAAUUACGACUUCGAGACCUUUUCCUGCAACCCCCCCGUACUAAUUCAUCCACUGUGUGUCCACUUGUGUAUGCAAUGUGAAGGAGAAUAAAAAGACGUGAUGUUUUAGGUUAGUCAAAGCACUGAAAACACCAAGAUUUGAGUGGUUCAGUGGUGGUUUACUUUGAAUUUCAAGAAAAUGGCUUCACAGGCAGCUAUGUUGAUGUAAGGACUUGUGACAAUGCUGCCUUUGAGGGAAAGUGCGUGGUUGGGAUGCAGUGUCCUACCAAGGGCAACUAUGACUGGAAAUGAUGAUGGGGAGGGCUUGCAGCAUACAACAGGCUCAUGUACAUGUGUAACCCGCAGGUGGUUUCUCACACUCAUGUCCACUGAUCUGAAAUCUGUUCAUCUGAGAAUAAGAGAGCAAGAAGUGUAUUGGAGGAAGAUGUAAGACAACGACUAUAGAGCCUCUCUUCUGACCUCUGUUGUUGCUUCUGUCUUGGCUCUGUAACCCUCUUCACCCUUAAGUAGCAUACAGUCACUGUUGUGCUGCAGUUCCUGGUAACAAUUGCCAUGGCAACCCAAUUAUCACCCUACUGGAUCAUCUAUGGCAUGCAUCCCUAUAGUGGGUCUUUCUAUUUAAGACUGCAUCACUGAUCAACUGCAUGAUGUAAAAUGUGUUGCUGCUACUUGCACAAUAGACUUUGUCUAUUUUUCUUUAAAAUGUUUGAGUUCUUACUGUUCAAUAUGCUUAUAUUUUGGAUAUUGAUUUCCCUGUUUCUGACUUAUCAAGGAACAUUGUUAUUUAUGUGUAUGUAUAUGUAUGUGGUGGUACUGCAAAGAAUAUCCACUGUUUAAUUUAUUGCUUUGAAUUUCUCUGCACACCAGAACAAAUAAUAGAAUCUUUUUUGGACAGAUUUUGUUAUUGUUUCACUGGACUGUCUUUGGUUGAACGCAGUGCAGAUUUAAAUGGUUCUCCAUUUGUCUGCGGACUGGCUGAGUCAUGCUCCCUUCAUACUCAAGGGAACAUUGUUGACACGGACACAGGAGCAUGUUCACUGACUAUCAGGUGACACAUUUGUUCUCCAUACAUCAUUAAGCACCACUGCAACAUCCACAGAAAUACUGCAUUAUAUUUAAAGAUGGUGUAGUAUUCUCGGAAGAGAAAGUUAAACGUUUAUCUGGCAUGAAAUUAACACAUUGCUUUAUGUUACAGUAUGACUGACAUGUGCCAACCUCUUGACCUGUCAGACCACAUUCUUGUCAUAAAGAGCGUCUGGCAGGAGGAGCUCUUACAUGUAGGCUAAAUAUCUAGUUACCAGUUUCUCCCCUGAGAGGCUGACUGUUUGUAUGGUAUACGCAGCCCUUCACUGAAGUCGACCUUAGGGGAAGAAAUGCUGGAUCAGAUUUCACUCUUACAUUUUAAUCCCUGCCCAUUAGUGGGGAAACAUUGAAACUUGCCCAGGAGCAGUGACCAAAAGGGAAUUUCAUCACACUUCACAUUAGUAAGCCCAGGCUGCCAUUGAGUUAAAUGACUCCUUGUUAGCCUGCACUCUGAAUGCCUCACAAUAAGUGUGUGUGUGU